GAUUAUGACCUCUUUCAGUAAUAUUUCGAGCAUUGCGGAUUUGGCAAAUCUCACAAAACUCCAGCAUUUAUCAGUGAAAACUCAUCCUGAGCAAUGCAAUGCAAUGGAGUAUUUACUAAGGUUGAUACCAAAAACUCGCAUAGCUUUUAUUACGCAUAGCAGUAAAUUGCUAAUCACAUUCUUGGAGAAAGGUGGCAUACUAAGAUUAAACUUUAGGAAUGAAAAUGAUGAAUAUGCUGAUGAUAUCAAUGCAAAUCUUAUGUCUGCACUGUGCCGGUUACCUAAUAUCCUUCAAUUGAUCGUACUCGGAAAUAUUGGCACAAGGGCGUGGCAAGUCCUACUUCAGGGCUUAGCCUCUAAAAAACCUCAAACUCUUGGCAAUAUAUUGUUUAGAAAAAAUACCCCGAUUACUUGUGAGGAAGCUGCUUCACUGGCAUCCAUUCGGUCCUUAAUGUCCAUAAAUUGUGAUUUUCACCAUUUGGAUCAGAUAAUCGAUGUGAAAAUUCAGCAUCUAAAUGGAUUAAUAGAGGCGGAAAAUCGAGUGGAUAGGAUCAAAACUGAUUUGUGCGAUGUUCGUAUGAUCCACGGAAAUAAUGCUGUGACACUGAUCCUCGACUUUAUAGCGAAAGAUAUUAAUGCCGACAAUUUUUCCGCCCCUGGUCAAUGUGAAUAACUUGAAGAAAAUUGUGGUUAUUGGAAAUCUUACAAACGGUUCCUUAACUACGCUCUUUGAAAGACUUGUCCCGGACAAAAUGCGGAAUCUAGAGGAAUUGGAUAUCGCUAUAGUUGAACCCGAAGAACUUCGAGUACUGACAAAAAUCAGCAGCUUAAAAUUUCUCACAUGCGGCUUUUUCUGUUCACAAAAUUGGGAACUUCUCGCGGAGUUAAAACAGCUUGAGUCACUUAAUAUUACUGUCCAUCCAAAGGGAUCUCUGACGAAUCUCUUUAAUAUACUUGCUGACCAAAAUAUACUUCGAAGUCUCAUUAUCCAGAGAACAGAGCUUACCUCCGAAGAAGUUGUUGCGGUUUCAGGCACAAAAUCUUUAAAGAUUUUGCAACUAGGACGACCCUAUGACAAAAAUAAGUACGAGGUUUUAGGAGAAGUGUUAAGUUAUCGCAUUUGCCAAAAGUGUCGUUCACCUAUUGGGUCACCUAUUGAAAUGGAUCAUAUGAGGAAAGUCAUUUUAAAAAUUUGUUGUGUUACGAAUGAGGCUGACAUGGUUUCUUCAAGCUACUUCGACGUUGAUCUAUCUUCUCAACCGGACAAUUUGGAACUCUUAGCCCAUUUGCCACAGUUAACGGAAUUGGGCAUUCAUUUUUUGUUUAAAGCCCGUUGCAUAGAAGGCCUAAUAAACGCCUUAGCUUUGCGAUCUUAUCAAACGUUGUGCAAGUUCUCAUUGACUCUGAGUGCAAUGUUCGUCGAAGACCAAUUUGUGAAGAGUAUUGCAAAGAUUGCUCUACUCCAAAAUCUGUCUGAAUUACAUAUUGAAAACAACGAAGGAUUCUCCUUGACGGAACUUUUCGAUUUACUCAAAACUUCAGCGCAACUUCGUAGCUUAAUUUUGGAAAAAACACAUAUAAACUUCGAGGAAACCUUGGCCAUUGGCAACAUUAAACGGCUACAAAAACUAGUAGUGGGAUUUUCAAAUGAUGCUAGUUUUGAAGUUUUAGGCCAAAUAUCUGAUCUGGAAUAUUUGGAAAUUAUUUCCGUUCACAAUAAAAUCGAACAUAAAAUGAGGCCAAUUAUUAAGUCAUGCAAAAAGCUAAGAUCGAUUCUUCUUAAUCAUUUGUUGACCAAUGAAUUUACUAACUCAAUUUUGGACAUUACAAAAUCGGAAAGAGAUCCCAACAUUCAACCUCCGCUGAAGCUAUGUUGUCCAGGUGACAAUUCACUUAUUCCUGAACGGUUGAAUGGAUGUGAUGCAACCUUCUUGGAUAUUGAGCAGCCCCCUGAAGAAAGUUGGCGAAAAAGUGACGAAUUGGAAUUGCAUGCCGUUCAAACACCAUUGUCAGCAUCUUGGUGGUAGAUUUUUUUGUACAGUUAUUCAGUCUUUUCUCUUUAAAUUUAUUUUAUUUAGUAAAGCACUAACUAUAUAUUUUCCAACAAUUGAUGAAAGACUGUCCCGAGAUAAAUUCCGCAUUUCAUUGGUUUCUAACACAUC